AUGCCAUUUAACACCGAGCUGACUCGACGAUUAGGCAUCAAUAUUCCUGUCGUCCAGGGGGGAAUGCAAUGGGUCGGGUAUGCAGAAUUGGCGGCGGCCGUAAGCAACGCUGGAGGACUGGGAUUGAUUACCGCUCUCACCCAACCUACGCCUGAAGACCUCCGUCAAGAAAUCCGCAAGUGCCACGGCUUGACCAGCCAUCCAUUUGGAGUGAAUCUCUCCAUUCUUCCGGCGAUCAAUGCGCCAGACUACGAUUCCUACGCGCGGGUUAUUAUCGAGGAAGGGAUUAGAAUUGUUGAAACUGCUGGGAACAAUCCUGUGGCGGUGGUCCAGCAACUCAAGGACUCCAACAUUAUUGUAAUUCACAAAUGUACAAGUGUGCGUCAUGCGCUAAGUGCUGCCAAAAUGGGAGUGGACUUCGUGUCUAUCGACGGAUUCGAGUGUGCCGGUCACGUUGGAGAGUCCGAUGUCACGAACAUGGUGCUUCUGAAUAAGGCACGCACACAGCUGCACAUCCCGUACAUAGCGUCUGGAGGAUUUGCGGAUGGGUACGGACUUGCUGCCGCAUUAUGUCUGGGAGCACAAGGUGUGAAUAUGGGCACACGGUUCAUGGCAACGAUUGAUGCACCAAUACAUUACAACGUAAAGAAGGCUAUUGUGGACGCCGAAGAAACAGAUACAAUUCUCGUGCUCCGGAAAUGGCGGAAUACGAUGCGAUUGUACAAGAACAAGAUUGCAUCGGAGGCAAUGAGGGUGGAAAUAGAAAAUACCAGCGGCAAGUUCGACGAAAUGGCUCCAUUGGUGACAGGGAAACGAGCAAAAGAGGUAUUUGCAAAUGGUGACACGGAAUAUGGAGUAUGGAGCAUUGGCCAGGUAGCAGGAUUGAUUUACGACAUCCCGACCUGUAGGGAACUCCUCGCUCGCAUGGAGAGAGAGGCAAUCACAGUCCUGACUCAAGCGAAUGUGGCAUUUACACCCAAGGCCCAUGUUUGA